GAUCAGGUCGCAUCCAUAUCGUUUUUCAGAACUUGCAGCGGCUCUCUUCUUGUCGCCCAUCUGCCGCCCGCCCUCCGUCUACCACCACGAGGUCCUGUCGAAACGCCGCGAUCUCGAAGCAGCGAUCAUGGCGGCGGAGGCCGGAGGCAUCGCUCUUCUCUCCAUGUACAACGAUGAGGAGGAGGACGACGACAAACAGGAGCCCGAGGCCCACGCCGGAGCCGGGGGCCGCGCCGACGCCGACGGCGGAUUGAAGAACAACGGUAUCUCCCCGUCCUCGUAUCCUGCCAUAGAGAGCUGUUUUCCCUCCCUAGGUGCUCGAUCUCCUCUCUUUCCCGACGAAGGCGCAGAUUACAAAACCCUAAAGAGCCCUGUCGCCCGGAGCCCUACGCCGCCGCCGUUCCGUCUGUUUCAGCCGUCUUCGCCCUUUCCCUUGACUUCUCCUUCUCCACCUCCGCCGGUGGCGCCACCGACUUCUUUUUCCGAUCCUGUGGAUGUGCAGAGGAUGAGGAGAGGGUCGCUGGUCAUAGUGGAUUACGCCCACGAUGAGAACGCCUUGUCUCCCGAACCUGAGGAGGGAGAGAUACUGAGCAGUGGCCGUGUUGUGAUGGGUGCAGAGCUUCAGGUUUCCAAUGGUUUACCCUGAAGGGACUCAUUUAAUUACCCCUUGGUUUGAGAGACCUAUCAUAUAUGAUGUUCGUGCCCAUCCGCAUCUUGUGGAAAGCACUUCUGGUGGUCGUGAUCUGCAAAUGGUAUAAUUCCUUUACACCCACACAAUUGACUUUUGAAUCACAACUUGGUGUAAUCUACAUUUUAUUGGUAUGUGGCUGUUGCUAAUCUUUAACUACUGAAUUUGGAUUGUUUUUUGGAGUAGGUAUCUAAAAUCUCAAUAAUUAUUUAAAUUAGUUUCUACUUUUGCAAGGUUAUAUACAUUUAAUUCUGUUGUUACCUUUGCAUUGACAGUCAAAAAUAUCGAGCUUGCGAGAAGAAUCUUGCCAAUCUGGUGUGCAAUUAACAUUAGAGGAGAUGUCUAAGCAGGCACUUGGAAAAAGGAAGAGAUACAUUCUUGGAUUUGGGGUUGGGCCGAAGCCCUCUUCAUCUUCUUCCACACUUAGUCGUGUGUCACAAGAUCAUGUUGGGGAGUUGCAGAAACUUAAAGCUGAGAUGGAAGAGAUGAAGAUGGAGCGUGAGGAGCUGCGGAGGCAAUUGGAGUAGGAGAGGAAAGAGCAUGAGGAGGAAAGAAAAGAGCGAGAGGAAGAACAUAAGCAAAUUGCACAUCUUACAAGUUUGGUGACAUAGAUCUUAAAGGAAAAGAUCCAAACGCACAAGUCAUCUAUCCAUCAUGAUGGGGCCAUGUAUUCAACUGGUGGUACAAAUACUCGUUGGUGAUGGGCAAGGUUGGAUUCAAUUUCCCAGUGACGCUGUCACUAAUCCACUAUGGGACUGCUUGGUUUCUGAUGGCCAUCUUCAAUGCUCUUUCACUAUUACCUGCCUCCCCUCCCUCUAAAUCCACACCUUACUCUUCUCUGUUCAUCUUGGGUGCUGUCAUAUUUCUUUCCACUGGUCUGUCUAACAUCAGCUGAAAACGUAAGAGUGUGGGGUUCUAUCAGAUGGCUAAGAUAGCUGGGACUCCAACCAUCGUUUUAGCUGAGUUCAUGCUUUUCAGAAAGAAAAAAAAAAGUUUCUUUUCCGGAAGGUGUGUUCGGAUUCUUUCAUAUACUAUUAUCUCUAUUGUUUUUGGUUAUUUGUCCACUAAAUUGGAGUUUCCUAAGGAUGUCUGUUCCGAAACUUUCGGGUGAAUCAUAUGAUGAUGCUCGUUGGUUUUCUGAUUUAGUGGACAAAUAACUGUACUUGUAUCUUAUCAUCUGGGUGUUAUUCUAA